AUGACAGGAGGUGAUAAUGUGAAUGUUGCCAUAGCGGAUGCUAUUGGACCUGAUGGUGGUUGGGGAUGGAUGAUUGUUUUUUCAUCUUUCAUGAUUCAUUUCAUCAUGGAUGGUAUCACCUAUGCUAUGGCUGAAAUCUAUUUGGAACCAAUGCUAACAGCUCUGAAACUUGAUCGGGGUCACGUAUCGGCUAUAUUUUCGAAUCUUCCGGCUAUUACUCUGUUUUCAGGACCCAUAGCUACAGUAUUUACUAAUAUGUAUGGAUGUCGAAUAGUCACGAUAGUUGGUGCUUGUCUAGCUUCAUUAGGCUUCUUCUUAAGUCGAUGGUGGGAAAACAUUUAUUAUUACUAUAUAACGAUUGGUCUUAUGGGAGGAUUUGGAUUAAUCUAUGCACCUGCCAUUAUUUCUGUUGCAUAUUAUUUUGACCGAAAACGGUCAUUAGCUAUGGGUAUUGCCGUCUGUGCAUCAGGCUUUGGUACAGUUAUUUUUCCUCCGUUGAUGCAUUGGAUGAUCAAAACACUUUUUCGACGCGAAUACAAACCAGCUCUUCUAGUCGAAUCAGGUAUUAUCUUAACAUGUGUCAUAUUUGGUGCACUUAUGCUUCCUCUACCACAAGAAAAAGCUGAACGACGACGUGAAGAAAUAAAAACACGAAAACAAGCCAAGCGACAAGCAGCAAGUGUUACACAAAAUCUUGCCAACACAGAACUACAACAACAGGCACCAUUAUUGGCAGGUCGACAACUAGUAGACAGCGCACGUGCAGGAAAAACAAACACCGCUGUUUCAGCAUCAAGUAACGCAAAUCAACAGAAACCACCGGUUGCAUUACAGAGCAAACCUGAUGAUCCAACUCAAUCUGAUGACGAGAACGAGGAGGAAGAUGAACACCUAGCGUCUCGUGCUUCUCCUGCAGUAAUACGAAAAGAUGCUAUGUAUCAAGGCAGCCUUGAAAACAUACCAUUAUAUAAAGAAAAUAUUGAAGAAUAUCAUAGAAAGAUAAUCACUCCACUUGAAGUAACUGAUCAACCUGCUUCAAGUACUGCUGCUGCUACUAAUGUCGAUCAUAUAAAAGUUAAAGGCUUUUUUGGUGAACUAAAAGCUGAGGUUGGCAUAAAAUUUCUUGCCGAUGGUGCUUUCCUGCUUUUUACGAUAUCAAACUUUUUGACUAGUCUCGGAUUUAACGUUCCAUACAAUUUUGCUCAUGACCUUGCUAAAGAUGCUCACGUUGUCGAACAUCAAAGAGAAUAUGUUAUCAUGUCGAUUGGUCUAUCGAAUGCUAUAGGUCGAAUCAUCAUUGGUUAUUUAGGAGAUCAUAAAAAAAUCAAUCGACUUUACUUAUAUAAUUCAACUCUAAUAUUAGCUGGUAUUGCUACAAUACUCGCUCCAUAUUGCCGUUCAAACGUCAUUCCUCAUAUUGCUUAUGCUUCAGUUUUUGGUUUCUUUUCGGGUGGUUAUGUAGGUUUGACUUCGAUCAUCAUCACAGACCUUGUUGGAAUCCACAAUUUAUCAAGUGCAUUCGGUAUUAUUCUGCUUUUUCAAGGUAUAGCCGUUGCUAUAGGUACUCCAGUAACUGGAAUCAUGCGUGAUAGCUUUGCAAAACAUGCUCGUCCGUUUCUGUGGCCUUAUUUUACUUUUGGUAGUUUCAUAGUCUUGAGUGGCAUCAUUCUAUUUGGUAUUCCAACAUUGAAACGAAGACAACAGCGCUGUCGAAAACUAACUAAAACUGAGUUGGAUAUGGGUGUUGUCUCGUAUGCCGAUAAAAAUCCUUCAUCGCCUGAACAGCAAAAAUAA